AAAUGCAUUAAAGCGAAAGCGAAAGUAGCAUCGAUGUCAUUCGGAAUAAGCUUGACGGAACAUCUCUGGUACUUUCCAUACAAUAUCAUGAAUAAAACGUCUGUAUGACCGCGAUUAAUGUAAACAAACCCAUUGCACAACAAGCAUAAAGUUAUCAAUCAGUCAUCAGGGCCGACUAGAAGAUUCUGGUCUCUAUAUUGCACGAACAUUUCAUCAGUUGAUGACGUGUGAUUCAAAUAAUAUUUAGCAUAGCUUGCAUUUAUUUAGGUACUUAUAUAGACUCAAGUGUUCCUUCUAGAAGAGCUGGAGUUGCGCCAGGCAGUUGCGUACGUACUGUGUACGUCUGUACGUUUAUGCUGUGUUUUGGCAGCUUGAAAUGGAAUUUCCACAAUUCUAGAUAGAAGUAUAUAUUUGUGUUUCUUCCUGAAAAUGACAUUUUGAGUCGAUUGCUGCUGAAUUUGUCGAGAUUUAUUCUAAAAUGAAGUUGUGUGUUGUUUGUUUUUUUUGGUAAAAAAAAUCAACUUUUUAUCUUUGAACCUGCAUACAACAUGUCGCUAGAAAACAACUACUUAAAAGUCAUCUUCUAUAUGGGAAGAAGACGAUAAACGCUAGUCGUUGUACGUAUGGCCUAUGCAGAAUAAAUUGUCUUGGAAAUGAAACAAAGCUAGUUGUGAUUUUAAAUACGAAUACUCCAUUAUGGAUUCCAAUAACUUCUGUCUUUACCAUAAUGACAAGUUGAAGUUCCAACAGCUACAUAAAGAAAUCCAACAUGCAAAGCUGGUCCCGCGGCCUUAUGUAUACAGAAUGGGAAUGGCAGUCUGUUCCUGCAGGAGACAAAAACCAGAUCUACAGGGUCUUCUCCAAUCAUCAGACCUUAAUACGAUUGUUUCGUUCGCCCAACAAAAAAUACAUGACGAACAAAAAUGUUUGAAGUCUUUUUUAAAUUCUGAAUUGGCAAAAGGCAUUUCAACAAACAAUUAUAGUCUGUGUAUGUUGUUAUAUGUACUUUAUCAGUCAUACCAGAACAGUUCUUACGAAUUUCUACAAGGUACAAAUGGGGCAGUAGAAAAACCACUGAAAACAAAGGUAGAAAAACCAAACAAACAAAAAGUGUAUGAGAUGGCUGUGAAAAGAAGAUUGAAAAAGUUAAAAUGGAAGAAUUAGGAAUCUACUAUCCCGAUUUUCCCAGGGAAUUUGAUGCAAUUGAGAGAAAAAGAAUUCUUCAAGAAAUUGAUCUAUGAAUAUAGGAAAGAUAUUGUCUUGUUUUUCAAUAAACGAGCCAAUGAAAGGACCUAUGCAGCCAAAACUGCUACUACACAUGUUGUGAUCCACUACAGUGACUUGGAAAUGUUGCAGUCUUUUAAAUCUAGACUAAGGUCAGCUGCUUUAGAAAUACAGGAUGAAAUGGACAAGAAACGCAAGGAGCAUCGCAGAUUCAGGAGACGGAUUUACAAUGAAGGAUCUGCCGAAAUCAUGGACCAAACAACUGCAGCUUGUGCCGUGAAAGAAGAACGUCAGACUGAUUUUACCAGGAAGUUAAAAAAGAGAAGGGGGAGCCCACCGACAUCAUCCCCUUUGGCUGAUGGUCAGUGUUUCAACUGCCUUGGGAUCUUCGAAGGCUUAAGAGGUUCUGGUUCCUGUCAGCACCAUCCUGGCUUUCUCAAAGAUGUGGUUUGGACAUGUUGUGGAAAAGAAGCAAAUACAACCAAACCUUGCUACAAGGACCAUCAGGAAACAGGAUGCAAUGUAAGCAUACACAAUUGGAGGCAAAGGAAAAACAGUGGUCGGAAGUCGGACACUUAUUCAAGGUGUACUGCCGCUGAAGAUUACAAAUUAUCUCGUGCAUGUGUGAAGCCUAAUCUUCGCCAUCGUACGCCUGGUCGUCAUGUUGUGAACAUGUGGGAUAAACAGUAUGGAACGAAAUAUUAAAUUACAAAAUCUUCGAGUUCAGUUGCAAAAUAUUUUAUCUUGUAUGUAAUGCGACGAUUGUAUAUAUAAUAUGAUGGUUGAGGAAGUGGCAAAUGGCCUUGGAUGACUGGAUUAUUAAUGAAAUAUAAAUAAAAUGUACAUGUUAUAUAUAUAUAUAACAGUAACAUAACUGAUGAAGGAAGUCAAUUUGAUGAGUAGUGCUCUGAGUGGGCCACAAACUCACCAUCUUAGGGCAGUAAUCACCUUGUCAGAAAAACCUGCAGCUUAUACCACUGCGCCAUAUCCACGUUCUCGUAUGUAAAUGUAAUGUAUACACUUAAUUGUUAUUACUUAAUAAAAUUUAGAAUUUGAA